AUGCUGCACUUCACCCCCAAUUUCCACCACGUGUUCGGCCCCUGCGGACUGGGCGAGGACUUCCUGCCAUGGGUGAAGAGGAAUCAGAGCGAGCAGUUCGUGUCGUGGAUUCAAACGUCGUGGCUGAGCCUGUCCGAGGGGGACGUCUCCAUCGAGAUCUUCCCCCGCUCCCUCCUCUUCCUUCCGACCCAGCUGCGCCAGCACAGGCUCGCGUUCUUGGCCACGGUGUUCCUGGACCAGGCCUCAUGCCCGGCCGAGACUGAGCCGAGCAGAACCACCGUGCGGCUGACCUUCAGCAACGUCAGGCGCGUGACGGCCGGGGCAGGCGGCCGACGAAGCCGACGCCGCAGCAGGACCCCGGGAGUGGCCGCGGAUGGGCAGGACGGGCACUUCCACCUCUCGAUUUGA